ACAAACGCAAUUUCUUCUUCUUCCUUCUUUAUCUCUCUCUAGGGCAUCUUUCUAUCAGCAAUAUGCCGUCAUUCACAAAGGUUGUAUGGGAGACUUUGCUAGAACCUGUAGUUCAAGAUUCUCACAAGUGUUUUUUCAAAUCCGAUGUUGUAGCCGGUAAUGAAGAGAGGGAGGAUGUUAGAUUAACGAAACAUAUAUACAUAUCACCUGCUCUGUAUGCGACUCCGCAGCCGACUCCGAUUCCGGAUUGUACCUCCGAACCGUCAUCGCCUUCACCUUACAUCGUUAACCAUAAGAGACGCGGAGGAACAUCUGCGGACGAUUUGUUUCCUCUAUUCGACAAGUAUGGCAACGUUGUAGACGUUUUUAUUCCUAGAGAUCGAAGGAUUGGAGAUUCGCGUGGCUUUGCAUUUGUUAGAUACAAAUAUGCUGACGAGGCCCAGAAAGCAGUUGAGAAGCUUGAUGGAAGGGUUGUUGAUGGAAGAGAGAUAUUGGUCCAGUUUGCCAAGUAUGGUCCAAAUGCUGAAAGAAUAAAGGAAGGAAGGAUAGAAGAACCAUUAUCAAGAUCCCGAGGCAUGUCAAGAAGCCGAAGCCCCCGUCCAAGUAAGCUUCAGAGUGAUGCCCUAAGAGAAGCUAUUACUGAGAUAUCAAUUGAUGCUAAGGAGAAGAAGCGCAACUGCAAUCUGAGAGUGGUGAGCUAUCUCCAUUUGAGCAAGACUUUCCACAGACGCCGCUCUUUUGAGAGCGUUGGUGGGAGACACCCUGGCUUUGAUUCUUCAUAA